AUGGCUGUCAAACUAGUCGCAUUAACAGACACUGGACCAGCGGUCAACAUCAGCAACUGGGGUUUCCCUAUCCGCGAUUCUCAGACUACCCAGAGACGGGGCAACAAUUACGUCGACGCUGACCCCGUCGCAGAUCUUGUUCAUUGGACUGUGGUUUUUGUGUUAACCCCGACAAUAUCUAUUAUUGGUGUUAUUGGCAAUUCCUUCAGCAUUAUUGUCUUGUCCAAACACGGCUUUAAGAAAAGCUCCAACAUCCUUCUCUUCAGUUUGGCAAUUUCCGAUAUCAUGUUUAUGAUCGGCAUUAAUGGGCCCUCCAAACCCAUGUACGAGUGGGGAGGGGAAGGCUUCGACUACCCGGAGGAGACGGCCCGAAUCCUCUAUUACGUUUAUCAGAUCACAGACAGUUUAAACUGGAUCUUCUGUCCCACCUCCUUCAGCAUCCCUAUCCUCAUCAUGGCUGAAAGACUCAUCGCCGUCUUCUUUCCAUUACGUUUCCACUCGUUAGUCACCGUGCGGCGGACAGUUGUGGCUAUUCUAGCUCCCCUAGUGUUGUCAACUAUUGCCCACAUCUACAUCCGCACCUGGUUCAAGUUCUCCUACGUCUUUGACAGCGCUAGGAACGUCUCAGUCGGGAUUGUCGGUCGGACUGAUGCCUACUGGGCACAACGUCAAGUGUCGGAGAUCUUCAAAAUCUGCGACAACGCCAUGUUUGUUUUUGUCCUUUUCGUAGGAGCUGGAUGUGUGGCGAUCGGGGUCAAGAUGAAAAUGGUUGCUAAGAAACGGCAGCAAAUGACCAAUAAUUUUAUGUGGCAGAAAGCUGGCAAGACAGAAGCGGAAUCUUCUAGAACAACUAAAAUGUUGCUCUGCCUGUGUAUCGUCUACUCAUUCGCCUGCUUUCCCGUCGGAUUUCCAGCCGUUAUCCCCGGGUUUAUGGUGUUUCCUGUGUUUGAAGACGAACCACGCCAUCGUUCUAUCGGAGUGUUCAUCUUUCAUGUCUACAAAAUGGUGUUCUGUGUUAACGCCUCCUGCAACUUUUACCUCUAUGUAGCCAUUAAUAAGAAGUUUAGAGACACGUUUCGAAGUUUAAUAUGUCGUUGA